CACCUCUCAAAUUUUUUAUUGCAGUUUGCAAGCGUGCGCCGUCAUUAUGAUACUCCAGCUCCUUUGCUACGCCACCCUCUUCCUCCUCUCCUUCCUCCUCCUCCGCGCCACCCUCUCCUCCCUCGCUCACCGUCACCUCCGCCUGCCCCCGGGCCCGCUGGCCCUCCCCGUCAUCGGCCACUUCCACCUCCUCGGCCCCCUCCUCCACCGCUCCUUCCACCACCUCUCCUCCCGCUACGGCCCCCUCAUCUUCCUCCGCCUCGGCUCCGUCCCUGCCGUCAUCGCGGCCUCUCCCGAGCUCGCCAAAGAACUGCUCAAGACAAACGAGCUCACCUUCGUCUCCCGCCACCAGUCCGCCGCAAUCGACUACCUCAUGUACGACGCCGCCUUCGCCUUCGCCCCCUACGGGCCUUACUGGAAGUUAGUGAAGAAGCUGAGCAUGACCAAGCUCAUCGGAGCCCAACCCCUCUCUCGGUUCGCCCACUUACGCGCCGCCGAGCUCCGCCACCUCAUCCGGUGGGUGGCCAAGAAAGCGGAGGCUGGGGAACGCGUGAACGUGACGCAAGAGCUGCUGAAGCUGACGAACAACGUGAUAUCGCAGAUGAUGCUGAGCAUGCGGUGUUCGGAGGCGGAGGGGAAGGCGGACGCGGCAAGGAGGGUGGCGCGUGAGGUGACGCAGAUAUUCGGGGAGCUGAACGUGUCGGAUUUCAUAUGGGUGUGCCGGAGAUGGGACGUGCAGGGGUUCCGGAAGAGGUUCACGGACAUAAGGAGGAGGUACGAUGCGCUGAUAGAGGAGAUCAUCACUGAGAGGGAAGGCGUGAGGAAGAAGCUGAAGAGAAUCGGCGACGGAGGAGGGGAGGAGGGUGUGAAGGAUUUUUUGGACAUUUUGCUUGAUAUUAUUGAAGACGAGAAUUCGGAGAUGAAGAUUAGUAGGGUUCACAUUAAAGCUUUAAUUUUGGUGAGUAUUUAUAUAUUAACCUAUUUAAUUUGUAGAGAGUUGAAGGUCUCUAUAUACUAUUUAGAUUAUUUAAUAAUAAUAUUUUUUUUUUUUGGAUUACGCACCGAGUUUCCACGUGUCCGUUUUGCGGUCUACGUUACUAAUCUCGCGCUCCUUAAAGCCGACCCCACAACUCCAAAAGAAGGAUUUCUUCACGGCGGGUACAGACACAUCAGCCACAGCCGUCGAGUGGACACUGUCGGAGCUCAUCAACCACCCGGCCGUGCUCGAGAGAGCGCGCGAGGAGAUCGACCGGGUCAUCGGAAGGACCCGCCUCGUCGAAGAAUCCGACAGCCCGAAUCUCCCAUACAUCCAGGCCAUCAUGAAGGAGAGCUUCAGGCUCCACCCUCCCGUCCCGCUCAUCGUCAGAAAAUCCCUGCAAGAUUCCACCAUUGCCGGCUACACUAUCCCGGCGAACACCAUGCUCUUCGUCAACACUUGGUCCAUCGGAAGGGACCCCAACUACUGGGACAACCCGUCGGAAUUCCGGCCGGAGCGGUUCUUGGAGCCGGGCACGGAGGAAAACGGGUUCAGGUCGGGUCCAAACGUGGACGUGAAGGGGCAGCAUUUCCAGCUUUUGCCUUUCGGGUCGGGUCGGAGGGGUUGCCCCGGUCUAGCGCUGGCCAUGCAGGAGCUUCCGGCGGUGCUGGCGGCUCUGAUCCAGUGCUUCGACUGGAAGGUCGUCGGGUGGGGCGGGGAGAAAAUGAACGGUGGUGAUGCGGCGGUGGACAUGGAGGAACGGCCGGGCAUGACGGUUCCGAGGGCCCACGACCUCGUGUGUGUUCCGGUGGCCCGAUUUACUCCGGCAUGCAUCGUCGAUCAUGCGUAGGUCCGACAGCGAUGCGUGAUUUGAUUUGUAAGAAAAGCUAUAGGCAGUCGUUUUUGAUUUUAAUUUCAUGUUUUGGGGUGAUCAGGUUGUGGUGGAGAGCGUCCCUACGCUUCUUUGCCCCGUUCGGACAACUUUAAAAAUAUAUCACUUACCAUUUAAAAUAAAAGUACUUUCACAAAAAAAAAAAAAAAAAAGUGGUGUUUAAUUUAUAUUACAAU